AUGUCGCACGCUGGUUCAAGCAAACCCGGCAUCCAGCGAGGGGACUCGAUCGAACUCCGAGAUCGGGCGAUACACCGGACUUCGUUAGGGGACGACGUGCGACCCGCUCAGAGUUCCGCCAGCAGCGCCAAGGACUAUGUGGUUGAUAGCGCUACACAGAGUAUUGAUCUGGACGCAAGUGGGCAUGAAGAAUAUCUCGACGGCGGGUUUGGUUGGGUCAUCGUUGGUUGUACCUUCCUCAUCGCAUUCCAUUUCCUCGGGCUGUUAUAUGCGUGGGGAGUGAUACAAGCCGACCUCAACAAGAAGGGACUUGGAGGAUCUCAACUAUUGAGUCUGAUAGGAGGACUCAACGCCUUCUUUACCGCAGCGUUCUGUCUGCCCACCUCGUUCAUACUACGGAAAUGCGGACCACGAAUAGUCGGACUCGUCGGCGUCAGCUUCCUUUCCCUCUCCCUGUUUCUGUGUUCGUUCGCGACGCACAGUCUCGGCGGACUGAUCGUAUUGCAAGGAUGUUGUGCGGGGAUCGCCAAUGGGGCGCUGUUCAUGACGGUCUAUCCUUUACCUUCUCAGUUUUUCAUGAGGAAACGAGGCUUGGCCACGGGGAUCACAUCGUGUGGAGGGGGGAUCGGGGGAGCUGCAUGGAGCGUGAUCGUGGAAAAGUUGAUCUCGAAGGUCGGGCUCUCAUGGACUUAUAGGGUGUUGGCGCUCUCGACAUUGGUACUUUGCCUGCCCGCUGCCUAUACCCUUCGACCCGGUGUUCAACCUCGACCGACUCAACCGUUGUCCGGCACCGACAUGACGCCUACGCCAGAGAAGAGCAUCUUCAAAUCGAGCAUGUACCUCAGGGUGGUCUUGACGUGUGUCAUCGUCAGCUGGCCCUUCUUCAUCCCGCCGUUCUACUUGCCGCAGUAUGCCGUUUCUAUCGGUAUGACAGCGAGUCAAGGCGCUCUCUUCUCAGCAUUAUACAAUAUCUCGAGCGGGAUCGGCAGGAUUGGCUUCGGUUACAUGGCGGAUAUGCUGGUCGGAAACUUGACUUCGUGGAUCAUCGCCUUACUGUCGAUCCUGCUGAGCAGUCUGACAGUGUGGCCGUUCAGUGUCACGUUUGCGAGUGUCGCAGGGUUCUCCAUCUGGUGUGGACUCGGCUCUGGCGGUUUCUUCUCGCUGCAGGUGGUAGGGAAUCACAGAAUCCAUCAGGCUAUCGGUUGGAUCGAGAUGGCGCAGUCCUUUGGGGGUCUGAUUGGUCCUCUAACCGCGGGUCUCUUGCUCGAAAAGUUUGGAGGAACCGAUGCCGGGGCUGCACCAUACAAGCCGACGAUGUACGUCGUGGGAGGCAGCACGGCUGUCGCGUCACUCCUAGCGUUGUCAGUCAGGGCCAGUUACACAAAGAAGAUCUUUGUCAAGGCGUGA